GAGUGCUGUGGCGGGGAGGCGAUGCCCAGGCCGGGGAAGAGUUCGUACAGCGACCAGAAACCGCCCUACUCUUACAUCUCCCUGACGGCCAUGGCCAUCCAGCACUCGGCCGAGAAGAUGCUGCCCCUGAGCGACAUCUACAAGUUCAUUAUGGAGCGGUUCCCUUACUACCGGGAGCACACCCAGCGUUGGCAGAACUCCCUCCGCCACAACCUCUCUUUCAACGACUGCUUCAUCAAGAUCCCGCGGCGACCCGACCAGCCGGGCAAAGGCAGCUUCUGGGCGCUGCACCCGGACUGCGGGGACAUGUUUGAGAACGGCAGCUUCCUCCGCCGCCGCAAGCGCUUCAAGGUGCUGCGCCCCGAGCAUCACCUGCCCGGCGGCGGCGGAGGCGGGGGGCGGCGGCGGUCCCGGCAAGCCCGCGGCGCCCACCCCGCACAUGGUGCACUACUUCCAUCCGCACCCGCCACCGCCUUCUCGCCCUACGGGAGCAGCCAGCCCUCGGGCUUCAAGCAUCCCUUCGCCAUCGAAAAUAUCAUCGGCAGAGAUUACAAGGGUGUGCUGCAGGCCGGCGGGCUUCCGCUGGCCUCGGUGAUGCACCACCUGGGCUACCCGGUGCCCAGCCAGCUCAGCAGCGUGGUGAGCUCCGUGUGGCCGCAUGUGGGGGUGAUGGACUCCGUGGCCGGUGUGCCCGUGUCCCCCGACUACGGACCCUUCGGCAUGCCCGUGAAGGCGCUCUGCCACCCGCCGGCACAGACCAUGCCCGCCGUCCCGGUGCCCAUCAAGCCGGCGCCGGCGCUGCCCGCUGCCUCGGCCAUCCCUGCCCUCACGGUCGCCGCCUCGCAGAUCUGCCCCGCCGCUUCCCCGGCUGCUGCAUCGCUGCUGGAACAGACCGCGAGCAACAACCCCGAGGGCAAGAGCUCCCUCCACUCCGUCCUGGUGCACUCCUAA